AACCACAACUGACCUGACCAGCAACCCUGGAUAGAGAGGAACUUGAUCCAAGUGGGGCUCAAGGAACAUCUUUGGGACACUUCUGUUCCUAUGGCAUGUUCCACCUAUUCUCCCUUUUGGCUCUAGGCACAUUUGACUUGAAGACAUGUACACAGCCUUAUAGAAUUGCCAUAUAAAAUAAAUUCCUGUAUUGAUUCUGGCAUAGAUCCACUCUGAGACAAGCAAUUGAUCAGAUGGGUGUCUUUCGAGACUCCACAUAAGCACCCACCUCACUGCAAAUUGAGGCAUAAUCACUUUUCUAAACAGGCUUGUGCUGAAUUCUUCAGAGGCAAAUUAGCACUGAGCUUGACUGCUGCUUUGAAAGAGUGUUUGAGUUGAAAAAGGGAAUAGGUACAGAUCCGACUGGCCAAAGGUUAAUAAGGAGAGUUCACUCAUUAAGCUGCUUAUUUACCAUCACUUAAUCGUCUUUGGCAAUUAACUUCCAAAGACUUUUUACUGAGGUAAUCACUUAUGCCAAAGGAUUGGGUGGUGGGAGAUAAAUUACAGAUUGUUUUUAUUCCAUUUAUAGAUCAAUCCAGUGAGUUCCAUGUGAUUAAAGUCAUUAGUUAAAAAAUCAAGUAUAUUAAUGCUUAGGAUGUGUACCAUCUAACAUUUUCAGAUGGUUUAUACAUUUUGGUAAUAAGGUCUAUAUGCACACAUAUACGUGUGUGAAGAACUUGAGCAGUUUCAAUUGGAGGAUAGCUUUGGAAGCUGAAUUUGAACAACUGAUUGGUCACAUUCUUUGCUAGCUGGAGGCAUUUACACCCGUGUUGUAACUGGUAAUAAAAGUCAGAACCCUGGAGAGCUCCACCCUUAUUAGGCUGCAGCUCCCCCCUGUGGUGAAAGGAAGAAGGGCUCUUGAUCCAGGACACUUGGAAAGCCAAGUGAUUCCCAGGCAUGGAACCAGAAGGGUAGGUAGACGGUGUGCAGAGAUUUGGGGCCUCUGGUCAGCUGUCACGAUUGUCUAGGACACAGACUCUAUAACUUCGCUAGAUAGUUUAGACUCUGUAAAGGACUCUAAUAUUAUGAUAGCUGCUACCCUCCCCAAAGGCACUCACAGUUUAUUGCUGUCUUUCUAAUUUUCUCCCUAUUGUAUCCACUUUUCAUGAUUAGAAACUACCUUGUAUGAUUUUAUACAUCAUAAAUAAUACUGUAAUUGAAAUUAAUGUGAAUAUCUUACUACUGAAAUAUGUUUACCCCUGUUUAAUUAACUGUUUUUAUAAUAUAAACAUUUGGCAAUAUUGGGAUUGGUUUUAGGAAGGGAGGGUUUCUUUCUCAGUGCUUUGACCUAAUUUUUUCCUCAGCCAACUUCAAUUUCAGUCUAUUGAGACAGAAACCUUUGAAACAUUAUUGGAAACUGAAAGGCAUCCCUUUUCAUGCUUUAUGAUUCUAAGUAGAUUUGCUUGAGAUGAAAUUUGAAAGCACAUGUGAUUGUUUCUAAGGGAUUCUGGAAUCCCAGAUCCAUGCUGAGCUGUCUUAGCCCCGCCACCCAAAUUGCAGUGUGGGGCUGGGAAGGGGUGUCUGGGUGAGGCUAAACUUAUCCAGUGACAGAGCAGAACAUUGAAGCAAUACAGGAAGCAAGGAUUUGGAGUUAAGACAGGGAAUGGGAGAAUCAGGGGAAGAUAAGAGUUCCCCACAUGUCUCUCUAUUCUUCUGAGGGGUGGACUGGCAUGAUUCUGCUGCUGUGGAAUAAUUCAGAGCCUACAGGUCUUCAUUUCCUCUGGAUUCUUGCCACAGGGGAACCCUAGAUUGUGGUAGCAGGGAAUGGGUUGCACAGCCAUAGGGAGCUUCCAGUCUCUACUGACUACCUUUUGUGAAAUGCCAAAUAAACUUGUUAAUGCAGGAUCAACAUUUUGAAAUACUGAGAAGAUAAAUGAUGAGAACACUUUGGAGGAAGGUAAUAAUGUCUUAGGCUUCUCAAAUACAUUUUAAGUAUCUUUUAAAGGUGCAAUGAAGAUUUCACUAAAAAGACAAUACGGGUUUGCUUUAUGAGACAACGCUGAGUGAAAUAGGUGCUAUUUGUACAUAUUUGUAGACGAAUUUCUCUUUCCUUAUAUCCUUCCAGGUUCAAAGAUAGGGGGCCUUUUGCCCCAGUGUCUGAGACCCUUCAUUGCUGUGCUUGGAUCCUCUAGCUGGAAGGGGGUGUGGGGGAGAAUGGUACCUGAGAGCUUCAAGGAAAAAGCUCUAGCUUUCUGGAUGUCCACAUUUUUUAAAGAAAAUAUACAGACUACCAUUUUAUAGAAAAUCCCAAUUUUUUUCCACUUCUCACUCUACAGAUAUUUCAAAUAUCCCUGCUGAUAGUGUCUAGGGCUGGGUGUCAGUGAUUCAGUGGUUCAGUGUGUUCUGACAAAAUCAAGCUGAGAAGUCUUAACAAUUUCCAUUAACAUAAGUGUCCAGGCAAUUCUUGACAUCAACAGAAUCCUGCUUCAGUCAACAAGACAGACAAUUAUUCAGAAAUCCUUCACAUUCCCUUGUGGUUUCUGCCAAAUGGCAAUCAGUUUGAGAAAAAGUCCACCUUUCUUUGGGAAAAAUAAUGUCAAAAUGCUGACCACUUCUCACUGCAGAGAAAGCACAGAUUCUGCAUCUGCUUAGGUUUGUGUGAGGCUCUGACACACACAUAAGAUGGUUCAUGCUGACUUUUAAUGCACCCCAUUGUGAGGGCCAGAUGAGAGGGCACAGCCAGGGCUGCAGGGUGCAGAAGCUGCCCUGAAGUCUGGAAUGGAGCACAGUGACUUGAGGGAACUGUGAAGAAUUCUUUCUGAGGGAGGUGGAAGGUGCUGUAGGAGCGUGUGGGGCCGGGAACUUCAAAGGUCCAUUCAUGAGCCCCUAAAGUGCCAUGGUAUGUGGUCUUCAUUUCAUCUCAUAGUCAUUAAGAUGCCACUCCUGGGUUUUUUAUGGGAAUAACAUGUUUACCAUCUGGUUAGAAGAUAUACUCCUCUCCCCACAAAAUAAAUACAAUUGAUGGUGUCCAAGAAAUGUCAGAAGACAGGAUAUGAUUAAGUGUAAAGGGUUGACACAGAGGUGAAUGCCAGUCACUGGAGAAAUUGGUAAUGAGUUGUGGCCAUCAGGGCAUCUUCCUGACGGAGGAAACAGUGACAUUGCACUUUGAGGAACAAGUAGAAGAAAAGGAAUAUGUUUCACUGAUGCUAGAGUAGGGGGUUUCCAUUGUGUACAGACUUGGGCUGGUGGACAGGGAGGACAGGGCUCUUCUACAGGUCCCACUGCAGUCAGUGCCACCGCCUCACUCCAUUCGAGGACAAGUGUAGCUGGGUCCAGUGCAGGGAACAGUGGACGCAGUGGGGUGGAGUGUCCUAGGGGGAAGACCUAGAGAGGGGCCGUGACCUGAGGCUCCAAAGGAGGUGUUGUUGGGUCCUCUCAGCUUGAGGACAGGUGUCUGAUACUGCAGAGUUCAGGCCAGUCCUCUGUGGGUUUAGAUGAAUUCAGUAAGUAUCUAAAACCUUCUGUGUGCAAGCAAGGCACUAAAACUUGGCCUCUGAAGUGGGCUUUGUGAUCUGCCUACCCUAUCUGCUUUUCUGUUGUAAAAGACAGCAGUUUACAGGGAGUGCGAGUGAAAGUGGUUUUCUUGGGCACUGUUGAUUCAGAGCACCUUCUUGAUACAGUCAGGCUUGAUAAAUGCCAUGGACUCUUCUUAAAAAUGAGAAUGCUUGGCUAUCAACAUAAAUUUUUUCCCUUGGCUUGAAUUGGCUCUGGAACAAAGUUUUAGCUUUGCUGUCCUUUCUUGGACUAGCCAUCCUGGGGUACAGGAUCCUUUACUUUUCAGCAAGAGGAAAAGCAAUCGUGAAAGGAACCCAGCCCAAGCCUGAACACAUCAGGCUCUAAGCAAAAAAAAUUUUACUAGUUUGUGUGACUGCCAAUAUUUUCAGCAAUUAUGGAAAACUAUUUAAUCUGCUAAUCCAUAUCCAACAGUGGAGUAAGAUGCUGUGCAAGGGUGCAGAAAUGAACAGUGUGAACAGAGCAUCUGCCCUACUGGAGUUUACAAGUGGGGAAGGAAAGGCAGGUAAACAGUCUGGCAAUUAAUUGGUGUUCUUGCUUACGUGCACUGUCAUUUCAAAGCGUCCUGUCCUGAACUUCCAUGGAGGUCCCACCUCUGCUGUAUGCCAGUUGUAUGAUUGAAUCCUUCUGAGAUACUACAACUUUUGAGCAAUAAAAUGUCAAAACAUAGGAAGAGCAAAGAGCCUAGUAGUUUAAUAUGGUCACAUGGCCCCAGCUAGAUUUAAAGCAUCUGAACAGGUAGGGACCCUGUAUCUGAAGAACUUCUGGUUUAUUCUUCAAGUAAGGCUGUGUACCAUAGACUCCUUUGAUGAGCAAAGAACUUUUCUUCCCACCUGUCUGAAUUUCAUGGCACAACACCAAAAGACUUAGCCCACACCUAGGUACUGGGAGCACUUUGCAGUCUCCCAGCCUUUGUAGAGCAGCGGUUACCCUGGCGUGCAGGAGUGUUCCCAGCAUUGCCCGUCUUCCUUCCUCUCUGUCUAGGCAGGGCUCUCCUCACUGAUUGGAACAGUAGCUGUCUCUGGUCAGGUUGGAGGGAUGUGAAGUCGGCACAGCGCCCGCAACCCCUAGGUCAGCUCCAGCUCUUGCUAUAAUUUCAUCCCACAAGGCAACACAACCCCUCUCUGUUUAAAAGCAAAAGAGAGAAACAGGAUUGAGUGUAGCAGCCCUCAGUAAUGCUAAAAUGCUAAAUGAGGGGCCCGUGUUUUUAAGAGCAUGGUCUAGGGGAAAUUGUGAAAUUGCAAGCUGCAGCCCUUUCUCUUUGAGCUUGGUUUGGCUGAUUUCCAAAGCAUCCAGGCCGGCAGUUGAGGGACUGAAAUAUAAUCGGUGGCGAUCCAUUUGCACCACAGGAAACAUUCUCUGCCUCCCUAGCUGUGGGGAACAGAACACCAGCAACAGCGCCUGGCUGCCGGACUCCGCAGGGAGGGAAGACUGGAUCACAAUGUCCCAACAGAAGUGUAUUGUGAUCUUUGCCCUGGUGUGCUGCUUCGCCAUUCUCGUUGCAUUGAUAUUUUCAGCUGUGGAUAUCAUGGGAGAGGAUGAGGAUGGACUCUCAGAAAAAAAUUGUCAAAAUAAAUGUCGAAUUGCCCUGGUGGAAAAUAUUCCAGAAGGCCUUAACUAUUCAGAAAAUGCACCAUUUCACUUACCACUUUUCCAAGGCUGGAUGAACUUACUCAACAUGGCCAAAAAGUCUGUUGACAUAGUGUCUUCCCAUUGGGAUCUCAACCACAGCCAUCCAUCAGCAUGCCAGGGUCAACGUCUUUUCGAAAAGCUGCUCCACCUGACUUCGCAAAAUAUUGAAAUCAAGCUAGUGAGUGAUGUGACAGCUGAUUCAAAGGUAUUAGAAGCCUUGAAAUUAAAGGGAGCCGAGGUGACCUACAUGAACAUGACCGCCUACAACAAGGGCCGGCUUCAGUCCUCCUUCUGGAUCGUGGACAAACAGCAUGUUUACAUUGGCAGUGCUGGUCUGGACUGGCAAUCACUGGGACAGAUGAAAGAACUGGGUGUCAUCUUCUACAACUGCAGCUGCCUGGUCUUAGAUUUACAAAGGAUAUUCGCUUUAUAUAGUUCAUUAAAAUUCAAGAGCAGAGUACCUCAGACCUGGUCCAAGCGGCUCUAUGGAGUCUAUGACAACGAGAAGAAACUGCAGCUUCAGUUGAAUGAAACCAAAUCUCAAGCUUUCGUGUCGAAUUCUCCCAAACUCUUCUGCCCUAAAAACAGAAGCUUUGACAUAGACGCCAUCUACAGUGUGAUAGAUGAUGCCAAGCAGUAUGUAUACAUUGCUGUCAUGGACUACUUGCCCAUCUCCAGUACAAGUACCAAAAGGACUUACUGGCCAGACUUGGACGGGAAAAUAAGAGAAGCAUUAGUUCUGCGAAGCGUUAAAGUUCGACUCCUUAUAAGCUUCUGGAAGGAAACCGACCCCCUUACAUUUAACUUUAUCUCAUCUCUUAAAGCUAUUUGCACUGAAAUAGCCAACUGCAGUUUGAAAGUUAAAUUUUUUGAUCUGGAAAGAGAGAACACUUGUGCUACAAAGGAACUAAAGGAUCACACCUUUCCUAAAUUAAAUCGCAACAAGUACAUGGUGACGGAUGGCGCGGCUUACAUUGGAAAUUUUGACUGGGUAGGGAAUGAUUUUACCCAGAACGCUGGCACAGGCCUUGUUAUCAACCAAGCAGAUGUAAGAAACAACACAAGUAUCAUUAAGCAACUUAAAGAUGUGUUCGAGAGGGACUGGUACUCGCCCUAUGCCAGGACCUUACAGCCGACCAGACAGCCGAACUGCUCGAGUCUGUUCAAACUCAAAUCCCCCUCCCACAAAGCUGCCACAUACAACUCAAGUGGGAAGGACCCCCUUGAUCUCAGAAACAAGCCAGUCUCCCAUCAGUAUCCAAGCUGUACUCUAAGGGAUAGAUAAGGCUGCCCAUAGUUGAACACACCUGGUGUCUGCUCAAUAAAUCCAUCCUGAGUCUCAGGUUGAGAAGAUGCCUUGAAAGCCAUCCAAGCCAACUCCUCCAAAUGCACGAAUUGCCCUCCUCCUGGGCCACUCAGAAGUUGGGGACCUGCUCAAGCCAAAUGUAUUUAGAGUGCUUAGUACAAUAUCUUUCACAAGACCCACGGAGAAUAGAAGUUUAUUGAUUUGCUAAAGUAAUUUGGAGUUGAGGCAGUCUUUUCUUUGAAAGAAUGAACAUGGUAUAAGUAUAAAAUAGGUACCCUUUGUAUACAGUGACAAAAUCUGAAGAUGCAGACUUUUUUUAAAUUGUAAAAUGCACAAAUCCUAGACUACACCUCAAUACAUUUUUGACAGGUGGACCAUACUUUUUUUUAAAGGUGCCAUUUGAGAAUUUAGCAAAGGUUGGUAAAUGAAGCCAACUUACUGAAUUUGCAAUAGUCAACAAUAAUUUGAUUUUUAUCAGCAGUUUCUGAAUCCUGUAAUUUCAUUUUUUUAAUUGGCCUGACCAUCUGAGAGAUAAUCAUGUGCAAGGAGUCCAGUUAAAUCAUAGAGUGAAGAUCAUUUAUGAUUUAUUUUUAUUUCGUAUGAGACAAAUUAGUAAAGAAAAAGUUCCCCUAUUUUUAAAAUGGACAUCUGACUACUAAACCCAUUCUUUUUGGCCUCAGACAUGUUGAAAGUUCUUAAUUCCCUUAUGAACUCUACCACCUCCCAUGGGUGAAGAAUUCUGAGGAAUGGCUGAAAAAUUCUGAGCUCUUUGUAAGACAUGAUCACGGAUAAACCUGGUCUCCAAUUUAGUGUCCCCACAUGGGUAUACAACACUUCAUAGGGGCAUGACCUCAAUUUCCAGAAUUAAAAAAAUUGAAAUUAUAUUGAAAAGACCAUUCAGAAAAUAUGAUCCAAAACCAUUCAUGUGAUUCAGAGCUUAAUUUACAAUUCCAUUUACUUUUACUGAAAAGUGGAGACCAUCUGAUUUUCAGAAAGCACAUGUUAUUAAAGGCAAAAUCCCCCCCCAAAAAAAGUGUAAGUAAAAGAAAGGCAGCACCAUAGUCCCAGGGAAGUUAUGGUAUUGAUGGAAUACUCUGAAAAAUCCUCCAUGAGAAAGUGUCAUUGAGAAACAAAAGCUAUAUGUCCCCAGCAGUUAAGUUGUAUAUCAUUAUCCAUAUUUCCUGGGUGGAUUUAUGGUUUUCCUGAAGUCCUGGAAAGACCACACCCAUAACUGCUGCAUGAACAGAACCAUGUUUCUGUCCUGUGAAUUCUCCACACUGGCCACAGCUAAGUGAACUAAGGUUAUAACUCGGUUAUAAGAGGGUGGUGGCCUAGGAAAGAACUUGGCCUGACAGUGGUCUUGCCUGACACCUGGCCCGACCAUAGCAGAGCUCCCCUCCAGGGAGCGAUAGGAAGUAAAUAAGGAGCAGUAAGCACCUGAAAUAGACCGAGAGAGGACUAAGGCAUGCUCAUUAGAGCAGUUGAAACAAUUAGAGUUCUCACUGACUCACCAUGUCUGCUCUGAGGUUACUGGAGUAAUAAUGAUUGAUUCCUGAACAUCAGAGCUGUUUUUUGUAGUUACUACUCUACUUGCUUCUCUCUCCUUUUUUGUGUAUUGACACAAAUAAACUCACCUUAA